GCCAAGCUGUUGUGGACAUACACAAACAGGGAGGAUGUAUUCCAUGUGGGCUUCUCUUCUGUCCCUAGUCUGGGUUUGUGAAUCAGCAGGAUGUGAUAUUAUAUUCACGGCCGAGCCACAUCACCUUCACUUACACGGUCUUCGUCCGCCAUGGUUCAUUCUCAGCUGUAAUACAAGCGACGUCACAGACGUUUACAUUAUGGAGAUUGGACGUCAUGCACAUGCAGACUAUCCAGUGGCAUAUCUGUCUGCUGUGGAACCCCACGCAGCUCGCGUCCUCGAUAAACCAAACAGACAUCGCAUAUCAUCUCAAGGUCGAAUCGAAGCAACGUCAUCACAUCUUCAGGUCAACGUCACCGAUGUACUCUGUGAAGACGUGACGUCAUACUACUGUGUGGUAUUCUUUGGUAACUCUUCGCGGAAGAGUAUUCAAGAGGAUAGAAGGAUGGUGUCGGUAAAAGGAUCUGAUGUCACGAUGGAAAUAACACCGUCUACAUUCGUCCCGGGCCAGACAACCAACAUAUCAAUAACGUGUAUUUUUGAGAAGCUUACAUCGGAUUUGCAUACGUUUGAGUUAGGGCGGAAACACCAUGGCGAGAAGUCGCUUAUUGCCGCCCUCAACACCACCCAUGUUGUGCCCAUGGACGGGUCUGUUUCUAAACGGUUAACUUUGAUUGGUGAAAUUAACAAUUCUUCGAUGUCGCGGUUAGAAGCAACAUUGUCACCGGCCACGUGUAAUGACGUCACGGAAUAUUACUGCACGGCGACGUUCACUUCAGGGGGAAAGGUCAAGGCAACUGAAGACACUUCAGAAGUGACGGGGACAUGCUACGAUACAACCACAGCCCGCCUAACGACCAGACAUCCACUUUCAACAAACUCUGGAGCCCCGCGGAUUAGGCACCCAAGACAUUCGUCUGGAGCACCCGCACAAGUAACAGCUAUCUCAACCCUGCUGGGUGUGUUGAUCCUUGGCCACGGGUUCUGAUGCAGUUGUGUGCACAUGUACUAGUUUAAGGAUGCAGUAUGUUGGCAUUGAAGCUCGCUGAUUCAAAUACUAGUAUCAUUGUUAUAUCCAGUUAUGGAUGAGCAUUGAUCCACGCAAUUGUGCUACAAUGACUUGCAUCAACUAAGUCAGCGAGCCUGACCAUCCGAUCCCGUGAGUCGCCUCUUACGACAAGCAAAGUCGCCUUUUACGGCAAGCAUGGGUUGCUGAAGGCCUAUUCUACCCCGGAUCCCAUCCUUGAUAAACAUUAGACUAUACAGAAACUAUAUAUUAUUGUCUUUGUUGUUAGUACAGUGUGCACACUGGGAAAUCCAUUUCAAUGUCUAGGGCCCUAAUAGACGAGUUCAGAGAACUCGUAAAUAUACAACUCAAAAGGAGUUAUGGAUCAAAGAUAAAGAUACAAAUCUUAGAUACCCAUCAGCAGUUGUGAAUUACAUGUAUGCGACUGUUUAUUUCUUUCGAAUUUCAGAAGUGUUAAUCAAAUUAUAUUUACAAAAACAUAAAUACAGUGUUUCUGUAAUAUAUAUAAAUUAUUAUGUUAUUAUUAUUUUGUUAUAUAUCACAUGUACACCGAGUGAACAUUUACCUUAUUUCUGUGUGCGUAUAUAGUUAUAGUAUAAUUUAUAUCCAUAUAAAUGAUGGCGAAAUAUCAUGUAAAGUAUCGUAUAGCAGUUUUCUGUCGCGUGUACAAGUGGUUGCGGGAUAAUAGUGCUUCAUGCGCACUUAAAAUCCCCAGGACUUGUGUGGUCCGGGGUUCGGUGUUGGAUAUUUGGCCGGGGGGGGGGAAUCUAAAGUACUGUCGGAAAUGAGGGAAAAAUGCUUUUCUGGCUUCAUUUAAUAAAUAAGAGUCAUAGGACUAUGAAAAGAGCAUAUAGCAAAAUAACGCAAAUUGACCUAUCUAGCCUGUCCUAACAGACAUUGUAAUUACCCUUAAAAUGUACUUUUACAUGUAAAAUCAUGAUAAACUUAGAAGCAUUCGUGUUGUCAUGAAUGUAUGAACUGGCCUAUAACCUGAGGUGAUGACCUCACACCGUCCCGUGCAUUCUCCCAGGUGCAAAUGUCACCGAGUUGGGGGUGGUUUCAAAAUAUUGCUGUUAUGGUACUUAAUUGACAUGUGCGUUGAUAGGGUAACAAUUAAGGAUAUGUACUGCAUUAUAUUUGCUUGGAAACAUGAUGGAAUAGUUAAGAGCUAUGAAACGGGAUGAGUAUUGGAAAGUUGCGGUUUUGGAAUCAAGAAGUAUUUGUUGUUCUACAGAUGGUUUCUUGAGGGAGCAUUUAUAAAUGUCCGCUGAUAAAGUAUAUGAACCUGUACUUUUGGAUGUUGUGUUAUGUCUUGCCAUGAAUCCUUUACACUUAGCCAAGAUGGGCACAACGGGGUUAAGCUCACAAUGUCUGACUGACAGACGUAAGACAACGUGACCGUGUUGUGCCGCCAGCACAUAUGCCCCGUACGUAACUGGAUUCUUAUUUAGCCGAAUUUCAUCCUAUCUCUUGGAGAGCAAUAGUUACUGCAGUAUGGGAAACAUUAAUUGUAUCUUUAAUUUUCUUCCACAUUCUACUAAAAGUCAGGGUAUUUUCUGCUCACAAUGCUUGUACACUAUACGCCUAAUCCCCCUGUAACAAAGAUGUCUAAUAUCCUUUACUUACCAGUUUUGUUUUUGAGACCAGCUCUAUAGUUUUGUUUUAUUUUUCAUUCCGUAGACUUGAUAGUAUGAAUUGAAAACCCCAUAGCUUGGGCUAAAUUAAUAAAUGGUUUCCCUUUAUCUCUCUAAAGUGGAAAGAACUUGUAUAUAUUUCCCAGUACAAACUCCAUGUCGUGUACCAUGGCUAUGGCUAUGCAAGUGUAAUGUAACAUGCAUCAUGGGAGCAAUGUUAACACAACAAACGCAGCGACAUUUUGUCAUUUUAGAAGAUGCACAAAUAGACUUUUCUCCAAAUGAUUUUUGAGUGUGGAUUAGAUGUUUUAUGAAGACUACAUUAUUGUCAUUAUAACGGCGUCACGUGCGCAUAUUUUUGUAGUCCGUUUCAGACUGCCAUCAUUGGACUUAGAAUAAAUGUAAACUUACUGUUUCCGUUCGAAUCUAUCUCCUAUAAAAUUGUCGAUAGGACUCCUUGUGACUGAAAUACUUCAAACCACAGGUAGGUCGAUCGGCAAAUACUCGAUAUUUCAAUAACAAUAGUCUGUGAAAAAUUACAUCCCUUUUUAACAGGCAAAAAGCAUUUUUCUAGGAUUUCCGACAGUACCUUAGGAAGGGUGUGGAUCCCCUUUUGUCAGACACCUAACAUAUUAACUGCGUGACUUGGGUAUCAUGUGCACCCCUUAAAUAAUUUGAUUCAGUGUGAACUUUGUUUGUAUGUUGUUUAACGCCGCACUCAGCAAUAUUCCCAGCUAUAUGACGGCAGUCUGUAAAUAAUCGAGACUGGAGUGAUUGACAUCAUGCGCAUCAAUCCUGGGUGAACAGAGGCCCAUUAAAAAAAAAAUAAUGAAACAAAUCUCACUUGCCUAAGGAGACACUACACAUGCUACAUGUACUACACGACCCCUAAAGAUCUUGGUAGGGAAAAGGUCUUCAGCAACCUAUGAUUGUCGUAAGAGGCGACUAACGGGAUCGGGUGGUCAGGCUCGCUGACUUGGUUGAUGCAUGUCAUUGAUCCCCAA